AUGCUCCAGGACAUCGGGGACGACUACGUCGAGCGCGUGGCGGACGAUGAUUACGGCGCGGACGCGGGCGCCGCCACCGGCGCGGCCUCCGCGGGGGCCGUCGGCCUUGGCCCCGCGGGCGCUGGCGGAAUGACCCUCCCGCCGGGCUUCCCCGGCGCAGCGGGCGGCGCAGGCCCCGGCAACUCGGCGAACGCGGGGAGCGCGGGCAACGGUCCCGCGACCAGCCCCGGCGCCGGCCCAGAGGAUAUCCCGGACGCGGAUGACGAAGCAGAGGCGAUAGAGGACCUGGUCGAUCCCGCCACCCCCGCCACUCCCGCCACUCCCGCCACUCCCGCGACGCCCGUCACGCCCGUCAAUAUCCCCGAUACCACGUCGCCGAUUAGCGCGCUGUUCGAUCUGUCGCUGGAGGGGGAAGACAUGGAGCUCGCGCGCUCGCUCCAGCCGCAGCCGCCCCCGGAGGACGCGCCCGCGGAGGUGAAGAAGUUCCUCGCGGGGAUGGAGGCGCAGGUGGCGGCGGCGGCGGGCGCGGGCGCGGGCGCGCCGGGGCGCAAGCUCGCGUUCGUGCCGUUUUGGAAGCGGAGCCUGCGGACCAAUAACUCGACGCCCUUCGGGUUUUACCCCUAUGAUAUUCCCCUGUUCCACCCUCUGUUCGGAACGUCUGUGAAGGCCAAGAACGGCACGUGGUACACAUACGUCAGUUCGAAGAUCCAGUGGCGCGGCACUGCUGACUGGGCCACUGGCUUUUGGACCUGCCGUUUCACGGCGCCCGACCCCAAGAAGGGCUUUAACUGCGCAGCGGAUGCUACCUGCCCGGGCUGCCCUCGCUGCCGCGGCUGGCGCUGCUUCCGCAACAUGCACCUGCCCACCUACGGCUCCCCCAAUGCCAACAUAGCCUCAUGGCUGCGGCCCAACGCCCCAAGGAGUACGGAGUGUGCCGCUACGCCGGGCAGCCCAACGCAACAUGCACCUUCGACCCGACCAAAGCCCCAGGCAUUGGCCUCAUUGUCCCCGGGCUUGGUGCUCCCAACCUUACACCCUCCGGGCCCAACAAACCCUAAGCUAUCAAGUCGUCGCUCGGUCGCCGUCUCUUCCUUGCAGCGGCAUGCAGGGGAGUUGGUGGCAGUGGCACUAGCGUUGGCAUCUGCAUCAGGGUUUUAUGGGUAG